AGACGACAAGCAUCAUUUCACACUUCUCAUGCAGGAACAGGAAUUGAGGGACCAGCUGGCGCCGCGAGGAAAACUGCUCACUGCAAGCGUCUCUGGUGUGAUUGACGACAUUGGAAAUAGUUAUGAAAUCUUGGAGCUUUCCAGAAUCGUCGACUUCUUUAAUGUGAUGACCUUUGAAGUUGACCUAGGAAAUCCACCAGAAUUUCCCAAUGCGGAAGCUGCAAUGCAGGAGUUUGUUACUGCGGGAGCACCAGCAAUACAGCUCAACAUGGGAAUAGCGACGUAUGGCAUUGGGGGGGAGUCGGGCCCCAUUGUCCAGAUUCCUGAUGUAUGGGCCAAAUAUGAGGUGUGCCAGGUCCACCCAACAGGCGUUUCGAUUGACAGUGACGCGACCAUUAUUGCCAAGGUUGCCUACAUCCAAACUGAAGGCUUUGGAGGAGCCUAUGUCAAGUCUCUGGACCUGGACGACUUCAAUGACAACUCCUGCAAUCAAGGGGACUAUCCUGUCAUCCAGCUAAUCAAAGACAGCUUGUAGUGCUGAGGUGACACCGUGGUGAGGUGACCCCCCUCCCCUCAUGGUGACGGG